AUGGCUCGAAUACUCGGUACCAACAAGUGCACUGAGUUGUUGCACUGGUUACAAGUGUAUAUGGCUUCUUCAUCAGCAGCAGGCCUCCCUUUUAUUUUCGCUGAUUGCCCUACAUGCCACAUGUUUGAGCCCGGUUCUUAUAGCCUUGUGAACCGUUUGGGAACACUUGUUUACAAAGGAACAGUUUUUGCAGCAGUAGGUUUAGCAGCGGGAUUAGUGGGAACCUCACUGUCGAAUGGAUUGAUCAAGAUGAGGAAGAAGAUGGAUCCUAACUUUGAGUCACCAAACAAACCACCACCGACGCUUUUGAAUGCUAUGACCUGGGCAAUUCAUAUGGGUGUGAGCAGUAAUGUGAGGUACCAAGCGUUGAAAGGGAUUGAAUACUUGCUGGCGAAGGGGCUGCCGCCUGUUUUGUUCAAAUCCUCUGUGAUUGGUUUGAGAAUGGCGAACAAUGUUCUUGGAGGCAUGACUUUCGUGAUGUUGGCAGGAUAA